GACCCUCCAUAGCCCUCAGCUCAGAGUGCGGGUGAGCGCGGGAAGCGGUCGGCACUCGGCAUGAACCUGGAGGGCGGCCGCGGUGCAGAGUUCAGCAUGAGCGCGGUGAGCUGCGGCAACGGGAAACUCCGCCAGUGGCUGAUCGACCAGAUCGACAGCGGCAAGUACCCGGGGCUGGUGUGGGAGAAUGAGGAGAAGAGCAUCUUCCGCAUCCCGUGGAAGCACGCGGGCAAGCAGGACUACAACCGCGAGGAGGACGCCGCCCUCUUCAAGGCUUGGGCACUAUUUAAAGGAAAGUUCCGAGAAGGCAUUGAUAAACCAGACCCUCCUACCUGGAAGACCCGAUUACGAUGUGCUCUGAACAAGAGCAAUGACUUUGAGGAGCUGGUUGAGAGGAGCCAGCUGGAUAUCUCUGACCCAUACAAGGUGUACAGGAUUGUUCCUGAGGGAGCCAAAAAAGGGGCAAAGCAGCUCACUUUGGAAGACACACAGAUGACCAUGGGCCACCCCUACACCAUGACAGCACCUUAUAGCUCACUGCCAGCCCAGCAGGUUCAUAACUACAUGAUGCCACCCCCUGACAGAAGUUGGAGGGACUACGCCCCAGAUCAGCCACACCCAGAAAUCCCAUAUCAAUGUCCUGUGACGUUCGGCCCCCGUAGCCACCACUGGCAGGGACCAUCUUGUGAAAAUGGUUGCCAGGUGACAGGAACCUUUUAUGCUUGUGCCCCACCCGAGUCCCAGGCUCCUGGAAUCCCCAUUGAGCCAAGCAUAAGGUCUGCUGAAGCCUUGGCGCUCUCAGAUUGUCGACUGCACAUCUGCCUGUAUUACCGGGAAAUCCUGGUGAAGGAGCUGACGACGUCCAGCCCCGAAGGCUGCCGGAUCUCCCAUGGACAUACCUAUGAUGCCAGCAACCUGGAUCAAGUCUUGUUCCCUUACCCAGAGGACAAUGGACAAAGGAAAAACAUCGAGAAGUUGCUGAGCCACCUGGAGAGGGGACUGGUCCUCUGGAUGGCCCCAGAUGGACUGUAUGCCAAAAGAAUGUGCCAGAGCAGGAUCUACUGGGAUGGGCCCCUGGCACUGUGCAGCGACCGGCCUAACAAACUGGAAAGAGACCAGACCUGCAAGCUCUUUGACACACAGCAGUUUCUAUCAGAGCUGCAGGCGUUUGCUCACCAUGGCCGGCCUGUACCAAGAUUCCAGGUGACUCUGUGCUUUGGGGAGGAGUUUCCAGACCCUCAAAGGCAAAGGAAGCUCAUCACAGCCCACGUGGAACCUUUGCUAGCCAGGCAACUAUAUUAUUUUGCUCAACAAAACAGUGGACACUUCCUGAGGGGCUACGAUUUACCCGAACACAUCAGCAGUCCAGAUUACCACAGAUCCCUCCGCCAUUCUUCUAUUCAAGAGUGAGAAGCCACCAAGACCAGUGAUUUGGUUUCAUUGUAAAUAUUAGACUUUGACAAGGACUUUGACAAGCACAACCGAUUAAUCCCCUUUUUCUUUGGAGGAAAUCUGAAGUGGGUUCACAGUUGAAGAGAACAACAGUUGGGGUGUCUGCAGAAAAUCAGCUGCACCUGAUUGACAGAUGAGCUUAUUCCAGAAUGACUAAUGGUCAACCAGGUUUGGACAAAUAUUCUAGUCAGUACUUUGGUGACUGCCACCCAGGCUUUUAACUGUGAAACUUGACCACUGAUGUGUUUACAUUUACUAAAUUGCUGUCUUUAGUCUGGUAUAGAUUGCCUUUGCUAGAAGACUGAAAACCCAGUGUGGGUUCCUAACUGGUGACGGUAGUAGUACUUAAGUGUCAUUAGUUCAUAUCUCAGGGAAGUAAAGUUCAAACUGAAGACUACUCUGUCUACCCCCAAGAAAAGUAUUCCUGGAUAUAGGAGCUGUGUGUGUCCUGGAUCCUGCUCACCGAGUAAGGCAACUUGAAACUCAGCCUGAGGUUAGGCUACAAUGUCCAAAUUAUGCAGAAUGUUUUAGGGUGGACCCUGUAUUCUGUUUUCUUCCUCUCCCUGGCAUUCCCUGAAGGCUAGUUGGUAGGCUCUGUCAUCAUCUUGAGCCAAAAAGCAUUAGGGCUAUUCUUAAAUGAG